AUGCGCGCUCAAGUGCUAGAACGUUUCAAUACUCCCUACACCUUCAAGACCGACCACCCCGCACCGCCUCCGCCCAAGGGACAUGAGAUCCUCGUCCACGUCAAGGCAGCCUCGUACUGCCACACGGAUGCGGUUUUCGUGUCCGGUGCCAUGCAGCAAGACCUGCCGCGCAUCGGCUCUCACGAAUUUGCCGGCGUCAUCGAGCAGAUCGGCUCCGACGCGCAGAAGGUAGCCGAGGCGAAAGGACUAAAGGUCGGAAGUUUGGUCGGCGUGCCUGGGAGGGCGUUCAACCCGUGCGGCCAGUGCAAGGAGUGUACGGAGAAUGGUGGGGACAUGAAAGGAUAUGGUGUCUGGUGUACACGGGCGGGCAAUCUGGGAAUGACUAAAGACGGUGGUUUCCAGGAGUGGUGUCUUGUAGAUGUCCGGCAGGUUGCCCGCGUCCCUGAGGUUGGCGGCAUGCGAGCAGUCGACAUAGCCCCACUGAUGUGUGCGGGAGUCACGGUUUGGAAUUCCCUUGAGGCCGCGGGUGUGGAUCCUACCGGUGCAAAGGGCAGUGGACAAGGCAAAUCGGUGGCGAUUCUCGGGGCGGGUGGUGGAUUGGGUCAUCUGGGAGUGCAAUUUGCGGCGAAGCUGGGAUGGAAUGUUGUCGCAGUCGACACCACACCUGCGAUGGGUAUGUUGAAGGAUGUGAUUGAGGGACUAGGAGAGGACGGCAAGAGGGUCACGGUGGUGGACGCAUUGAAGGAAUCGGUGGAUGAUGCGAAGAAGCGCAUUUUCGGCGAGGCUGAAACGGGGCUCGAGGGCGAGAAGGGGUGCGACUCGUCCAUCGUCCUCCCUGAAUCGCAGGCCGCCUUUGACUUUGGUAUGGGUAUCUUGAAGCACCACGGUACCUGUGUCUGCGUGAGUUUCCCCAAAGACGGGUGGAGAUUCAAGCCUGGCGAUCUCGUGUUUCGACACAUCAAGCUGGUGGGCGUCCUGACUGGGAGGAACCGACAGCUGCAGGCCAUGGUCGAUUUCGCGGCCAAGAACGGCGUGAGAGCAAAGAUCAGGACGUAUCCGCUGGAAAAGUUGAACGAGCUGGUCGAGGAUUAUCACCGGGGGGUGGGUGGAAAGCUGGUCGUAGAUAUGGAGAUGAAACCAUAG